AUGAUGCUUGGAAAGAGAAUGGAGGAGGACACAGAGCAGGACGCUCUCUUUGGAGAGAAGAGCAGCAGGAGGACAACUGUGGCUGAAGCCCUUGAUCAACUGGAUGUUGGCAGAUUUCAUGUCCAACACUUGUUGCGGAUGAUUUUGGCAUGGGUGAUCUUCGCAGCAACCCAAGAGAGCACGCCCUACGUCUUCCAAGGCCUGAGGGCGACCUUUCACGUGGAUGAAGACAGCAUUGCCACUUUCGCAGCGAGCUUUCCAUUGGGCUGUGCAGCUGGAGCUCUUGCGGCGUCUCCACUGCUUGACCACUUGGGCCGGCGUGGUACGCUGCUGGCAAUUCUGCCUUUGGCUGCAGCUGUGAGUCUGGCUGCUGGCAUGGCCCAGAACAUCCUAGUCCUCAACAUUCUGCGGACAUUGCAGGCUUUGGCCUUCUCAAUCGCCUUGACGGGAAUGUCUGCCUGGUACAUCGAAUUCUUGCCUACAAGCACGCGCGGCAUGCUCAUGGCAGCUUAUGGCAUAGGUUGGCCCAUUGGUCGCGCUGUGGUUAUUUUGGUCGCAUAUUUGGUCAAGGAGCAGUGGACACACUUCAUGGACGUGUCAAUGGUGGGCUUUAUGGUCCUGUUUGUGUCCCUGUUCUUAGCAGAUGAGUCUCCAAGAUUUCUGGCCGCUUCUGGCCGAUCGGGAGAUGCUGCUCAAGUUCUGAAAAGAAUGUACGAGAGCACCCAGCGAGGAUCUUGGGAGAAUCGAGCAGUGUCGCCUGAAAUGCAUUCGCCAGUGGAAGGCAGAUCUCGAGCCAGAGAGCUGUUGCUGAACCGAGAAAAUCGGAACCUGCUGAUCUUCGCUUCACUGCUUUUUAUGAUGCUCUCCAGCACCACUGUUUUGCUGGACACAUGGGGUCCUCAUUUGUACCAUCAACUCCUUACUCCAGAUGCUGCAGUAGUCCCACAUCGAAUCCUGAUGCUUUUCAACAUGGGGGAUCUAGCUGGCAUUGUACCAAUCUUGUGUAUGACAACUUUUGAAGUUGCCAAGCGUUCCUCCCUCAUUUUUAGAAGGUGCUGUCCAUCUUUCUCAUUGAUCAUAUUGGGCGGUGCGGAAGCUUUGUGA